AUGGCAAGACCAAACUUCGCGACGAGGAACAUACUAAAGUUAAAAUUUGUAAGGAACUUCGGUAACGUUAACGCUAACAAUGUGUGGACGCGCGAGAACAUCGUUAUAUCACCCUUCAAAGAAAUACAACCUCCAACGCUUACGGUGUCCGACUACAUUUGGCAGAAUCUGGACAAAUGGGGAGAUAAGCCGGCAAUGGUGUGCGGAAUUACGAAUCGCUCGUACACGUUUCACGAACUGCACAAGUACUCUCGUAAAUUUGCAACCAAGUUGCGCUCCAAAUUAGACAUUCGAGAGGGAGACGUCACUUGCGUCAUGAUGUCUAACAACCCCGAGUAUGCUUUAGUCACGCUCGGCUCGCUGGAAGCUGGAGCGGCGGUCACUACGAUUAACCCUAUUUACACUGCUCAUGAAGUACAACGACAGCUACUUCUAUCCAAUGCGAAGUUGUUAAUUGGCACCCCAGACACAAUUGGGGUUUUGAAAGAAGCCUGCAAAAUGGCAAAGAUCAAUUUACCUAUAAUAGCAGUAACCAACCCAGGAGAGAGCCUACCGGCAGGAACUAUGUCCUUCCAAGAAAUACUGGAUGAUAAUAAUGAAGACUUCAGCAUUUUAAACAGCGUAAAGAAAAAUUUGGAUGAAAUUGCUCUUUUGCCUUAUUCGAGUGGUACUACUGGUCUGCCGAAAGGCGUGGAACUUGUACAUCGAACUGUUGUGACCAAUCUGGCUCAACAAAGCGGUGACGGCAUUAGACACUGUUCUUAUACAACAGAUUCUUAUCAGGAGUCGCUCAUGGCCGUCUUACCCUUCUAUCACAUGUACGGUUUAUCGCUGAUAAUGCUCCACAAAUUGUCUAUAGGUGGUAAAAUUGUUACAUUGCCAAAAUUCGAAACGAAGACAUUCCUGAAUGCUAUAGAAGAGCAUAAAACAAGUAUUUUACAUAUUGUGCCACCAUUGGCGUCUUUCAUUGCGUGCCAUCCGGAAGCAAAAAAAGAGUAUUUGUCUAAUAUUCAUACGUAUGUUUGCGGAGCGGCACCCCUGCCGAAACAAGACAUAUUUAGAAUAUUGGAAAAGUCAAAGCCUGGCGUUGACUUCCUACAAAUAUACGGUCUGACAGAAAUAUCUCCAAUUGCGACUACCGUGCCGCCAGGUAGCAAAAAGUACGCGACAGUUGGUCUAGCAUUGCCAAAUACACAACUGCGGGUCGUCGAUUCCGAAGACCGAAACUUGGGACCUGAUGCAGUCGGUGAAUUGUUGAUCAAAGGACCUCAAAUAAUGAAAGGGUAUAGAAACAACCCGGAAGCAACGAAAGCUGUAAUUACCGAUGACGGAUGGUUUAGGUCAGGCGACUUGGCUUCUAUCGAUCGGGACGGUGUUGUCACCAUUUGUGAUCGGAUAAAGGAGCUUAUUAAGGUGAAGGGCUAUCAAGUGGCUCCAGCGGAAUUAGAAAGUGUUUUGAAAGAGCAUCCUGAUAUUUUGGAUGCAGCGGUCAUAGGUGUACCUGAUCCGAAAAUGGGAGAAGUUCCGAAGGCGUUUGUUGUGGUCAAAGAUGGACGGAAGAAAGAUUCCGUCGACUUGAAGAAGUUCGUAGAAGAUCGAGUAGCCGUUUACAAGAGAAUUAGCGAUGUUGAAUUUUUAGGUAAUUUGCCAAGAAACCCCUCCGGAAAAAUUUUGAGAAAAGUUCUUCGUGAAAGUUAUGCU